UCUCAGUGCUUCCGUUGUUGUCUAAAUUGUCUUUCAAACACUAUUCAGAAUAAAGGAGGGAAAUAUUAAAAUAUAUAUUUUAUUUUAAUUGCAGAAAUAUUUUAUCGGUUCAUUUGUUAGUGUUAUUGUAUCACAAAGCCUGUUUUAUCCUUAUAUUUAACUUAAGUCUUUUUAGUUUUUUGUUACAUUGCUAUACUCAAGAUUUAAAUAAUGGAAGAAAUGCGAUCUAAGCAUAAGUCCAUACAAAAUGCAGCUCAUCAUAUUGCUUUAGAAUGUAUUCAUCCACAGUCAGCACAUGGCUCGCCUUAUCAUGUUCACCCGUAUCCCUCUCCCGUACGCCUACAACAUGCCUUCCAAGCUCAACAAAGUCCUCAAAUGUUUUACCCCAAAGGACUCAAGACUCAUAUUGAUUCAAGAGCUUUUGCAACACCAAGUGAAAGUCCUAUCUUGGGAAGAGCUCUCUGCCUCACACCUCGAGGAAGUCCUUUGCCUGGUCGAGUUUCUCAUCUUAAUGAAAAAUUCCAAGACUCUCUCACCCUGAAUUCUGAUACAGAUGCUCUAGUUGCUAAAAUAAGUGCAAUGUUUCCAACAGUUAGUGAAACACACAUAAAGAUCUUAUUGAAAAAAUAUUACAAUCGCGAAGCAGUGGUGAUCAGUGCUUUACAAGUUGAGAAGCACCCAAUAACCACACCUGGACCCCUGACGAUGUCACCUUCUGCAGCACGCUUACAAAAGGGAGCUAUCGGUGUUUAUUCAGCCUUACAAUUGGGAAAAGGAGUUUCAGGAUCUAUGCAUAGUUCUAAUCACUUAACACCAAUGACAGGAACUCCUCACGGUUCGCCAUUGUUAUUACGACCAGCUUCAGGUGCUUCAAGUUAUUAUGUUACUGUAAAAUCAAUGGAUGGUCCAGUUCAGGCGGCACCAAGACACCAGUCUCCGAAAAUGAAACUGAAGUACUUGAAAAGUGUCUUUCCUAAAGCUGAAGAAACGCUAAUCCUGGAUGUUUUAGCGAAUAAAGAUAACAAUGUGCAAAAGGCAAGUGAAGAACUUAUUACAAUGGGAUUUACGAAGAAGGAGACUUUAAUUAAUCAACAAAAGAAGAAAGAGAAGGAGACACCACCUCCUUCAAAAAAAGUAUUCAUUAUUAAAACUUUGGAAGAGAAGAAUCAAUUGAAAGAAAAACUCCAGAAGAAAUAUGACAAAGUAGCCGAAAGAGUUGUAUCCAUUGCACUAGAAAGUGUAGAUUUCAAUGAAGAGCGGGCUGAGCAGAUAUUAAAUGCCGUUGUUCAAGAGGAAGAUGCACCUAAAUUGACAAGAGCUAUUGAAUUUAGAGACAUGAGGCGGCCUGAUAAUGUAGACCUGAAAAAAGGCGCGUGCGUCAGCCCGGAGGAGCCGACGAGACCGCCCGCCGCGCCCGUCGUGCGCCGUCUCAAGACGUGGACCGAGCAUCUAAAACCUAUCUUGAAGUCGAGCAAUAAUGCUGAAUCAAAGCAUAAGUCACAAUAUACGGUAGAGACAAGUGGACCUAAUGCAUCACUUCGGCAAGGUCCAAAAGACAGCCUGCUAUUGGAGGACUAUAUGACCUGGAAUGGACCAAAUCCGGAAUUUCGUUGUGGACCGGUCGUCAAACCAGAUGGACCAGAACAGAAAGAGAAAACGUUUUCUCAAGCACGCGGCUCUUUAGGGCUCGCCAAGGGGCCUGCAGGCUUAGCUAAAGGAUCAAUAUAUCAGAAAGUGAACAAGAAAUCAACUAAAAUAGUCGGGUAAAGGAACGGUGAAUACGUCGAGACGAAUCAUCUUGCCGCCAGUAUUGAAUUUAGUAAGAAUAUAUUUUCUAUUAGUACCGUUAAUCAAUUUACAAGGAUCUCAGAAAAUAACAAAAUUUAACUCUUAUACAGUUAUCUUAACUGCCAAGUGCUAAUCUUAGAUAUUGUAAUAAACGUGCAGUAUUAGUUUUACGAGCAAUCUAUUUAU